CAGCAGAGUCCUGCAGCGGCAGAGAGGACUUCAGUCGGUGACCAUGUUGGUUCUGGUGUGGUUACUGAUGUUGAUGAUGAAGAGUGGUGCUGCACUCAACCAUCACAUCAAUGCACAAAGCGGGGAGGCCGUGUUGAUGACCCCAGACUGGCAGGGAUCGGACCACAAACUGGACUUCAGGCGGACUAGCCAACUGGGUCCACCUAAACUGGACUACAGGUGGACUUACCCCCACCUGGGGUUGAUGUCACUGAAGAAGAAUAUGUCAUCGUGUCACCACAGUCGCUGCGAGCUGCUGAAAAACGGGUCGCUGAGAUUCAGCCGUGUUCAGGCCGAAGACUCUGGAAACUACAGCCUGGAGGUGUUUGAUGAGGAUGGGCAACUACUGAGUAAGAGUGACUUCCUGCUCAUCGUGAAGGCAGGUAGCAGCAGCAGCCCUGGCAGCACUGUAGCGCUGGUGGUGUCCGUUCUUUUGUGUUGCUUUAUCCUGGUCUUCAUCUUCAUCUUCAUAAAGAUGAGAAGAAGCCAGAAUACAAGCGCAACCACAGUUCAAUUGCAGGAAAACAUUUAUGUGGAGAUGCACGGUGACGGUAAAAAAGAGAAGCAGGAGGAAGAGGAGGAGGAGGAGGAGUCUCAUUAUGUUCUCUGUAAUACUGUUGUUUCCUUGGAAACACCAAUCACACUGUCUGCGGAUGCAGAAGAUAUCUACGUUUGACAACCACCUCGCCUCACCUGGACACCUGAGCUCACCUGUGUUUUGUAUUUUUCAUCCACUGCUUAUUAUAUGUUUGUAUUUUGUUAUUAAAUUAAAUAAACUA